AGGGCGGCUUUGGGCUCCGGGCUCUGGCGCAGGAGGCGGAACCGCAGCCUCCCCUCAGGGCCCUUUGGUGUUCGUGCGGCGGCCACCCAAGCGCUGGGAGCCCGGUUGGCUGCGGUGAGCCAGCCUCCAACAGCCCCCUGCCGGGAGACCUCCUGAAGGCGUAAAUACAUUUAAACCCGCCAAAAACACCCUUCCUCACUCUCCGUUUGGUAUCCCCUUACAUUUUUGCGGUGACGAACACCACAGGUAUUUCCUUGGCCGUGCCUUCUGGGAACCUUGGUUUAAGGAAAUGAAACACAAUCUAGUGUGUCAGACACCUCCCACUGUCACUGUUCAUGUAAAAUCGAGUGCAUCCAGAUCACAUCAGCAAAAAAAACUUGCUAGACUAAAGCGACCUGCUUUUAAAGAUCGUCAAGAAAAUUGUGAAAAAGGGGUUCCUAGUCAGAAAUAUAAAUGUCCAAAGGGACCAUGUCUAGUUAUUCAGCGUCAGGAAAUGACAGCUUUCUUUAAAUUAUUUGAUGAUGAUCUCAUCCAAGACUUCCUUUGGAUGGACUGUUGCUGUGAAAUUGCAGACAAGUAUCUCUUGGCAAUGACUUUCGUUUAUUUCAAGAGAGCUAACUUCACACCAAGUGAGCAUACCAGAAUCAAUUUCUUUGUGGCUCUGUAUCUGGCAAACACAGUUGAAGAAGACAAUGAAGAAGCAAAGUAUGACAUUUUCCCAUGGGCUUUGGGCAAAGCCUGGAGAAAACUCUUCCCUGAUUUCUUAAAGUUAAGAGAUCAACUUUGGAGUAGAAUUGACUACAGGGCUAUUGUAAGCAGACGCUGCUGUGAAGAGGUGAUGGCUAUCGCUCCAACACAUUACAUCUGGCAGCGAGAGCGCUCUGUGCAGCACAGCGGAGCUCUGAGGAGUUAUAAUGAUCAAGUGCAGCUGCCCCGAGGACCCAGUGCUACUCCUUCAGAGUGCCUGCUCUGCGGGAAGAAAGGCAGAUUUGUACGACUUGGAUUAUCAUCUUCCUCCUCAUCUACCGACACUUUGGAGAUGAUGGACUUACACUCAUCCCAGAAAUCAAAGGACACCCUUUCAACUGAAAAAAUGCUCAUUGACUCUCCUUCUUAUAAAGCCCAAGGAAACUGUCAGAGGCUGUCCAGCAAAAGGCAACUAUGUAGCACCCUGGAUCAAGAUAAGUCUAUGGACUGGUUUACAAGUAAUGGAGAAUGAAAUGCACCUGACAAGGCAGAAACAGAUACUGUGAUUUGCAGAACAAUCUGGACUGCAUCACACCACCAGACAUGAGGAUUCCCUUCAAAUGUUUCUCUUUACAUAGUGGGAUAACAGUUGGUGUUUCAAACUUGAUGUGAGGUAGAAAUCAGAGCAGUCACUGGUUAAAAGUUACACAAAAUGCAAAAUGUAGCAUCUAAUUUGUUAUGUUUUAUUUCAUUCUGAUACAAUAUUCAAAUUAGAAGCUAUGGAGGCAGCAGCAUCAAGAAAGCAGUGGUCGAAACUUUCUCAGCUUGGUAAGGAAUGCUAAUUAAAAAACAAAAGUUACCACUUUAGUAUUUCAAUAUGCAAUGAUUUUAUUAUUGUCAGUUUUAUGGUUUCAUCAGAUAGGAAAAUACCAAAUGCUAGUACAAAAAAACCCAAAAAAACCCGUUUAUUUUAAAUAAAAAUACCACUAAACAUUUAAGAUAAUCUUUUUCCAAGAGUCUCACCUGAAUGAGCUUCCUGCCAGUGGGAUGGUCGGGCAAUGUAAGGCACUGAGUGGUUUGUUUCAGCAGCAUCGCUGAGUGAUUCUGUGAGAAGGACAUUUUUUUUUAUUUUGUUCCCACAUAUUUAAGACCUACAUGCAGACUAGAGUAGACAAUUUACAUGUAAUGUUUUUCCCUGACAUGUUUUGGUUUUAUUUGUUGUCACCUAUCAGUAUAUUCAGAACUCUUUGUAUUUUGCAGAUCUAUACUCUAUACUCUAUAUAUAUUUACAUUUCCCAUAUAAUAUAUAUAUGGCAGCAUUUUUGGAUUUGCCAGAACACCAUAAUUUUAAAGCAGAGCUCACUGGCCACCAUUUCUCCUAAGGAAUCCUUAAGUCCAUCAGGGUCUUCUAAAGCAGCUUUAGGCUGAGUAUAAAGAACUGCAUUUUCUUAAAAUUCAAAAAUUUGAAAACAGUAGUAGAAGGGCAGUCAUUCUUUAUUGCAGACUGAAAUUUAUUUUUUAUUUAGCCCAGGUUUUUAGUAGGAUAUUUUAACUUAAAUAAAAUUAAUAGUCUUCUUUAAACCUUACAAGGUCCAAGCUGUCCAAAACCUUUCCUAUUUUCAGCUGACUCAGGCAAAAAUACUGCCUCUUCCUACACUGGAUGAUCAAAGUGCAGUAAUAGGGGAUCUCAUCAGCAGUAAAGUCCUUACCAUUGUAUUCGCUCUCCUUAAGAACUGCUUGAUGCUGAAUAUGGAUUUCUUCGUAUUCAUUUGGAGGUAGUUCUUCAAUAUUUUCUUGAGUUUCCACCAUUUGACUUGAUUUGUAAUGCUUGAGUUUAGCAGGGAGUACUGACCAGCUCCUGUGAGUUACCUCAAUUAUCCUUUCACACAAAAAAGGAAGCUUGCAGCUCCGUACUCUGUCUAAAAGCUCAAUAACCUGUGUGAUACUUUUGAAGAAAUGCAAAGGAUAAAGUAGUAUUUUGAAAACCCAAAAUUUCAGUUCUACUGACUUUGGCACAUUCUUUACCUUUGAGGUUACGCAAGUCCUUCAGUUUUGGGGUAAAGGAGCAACCUGACUAUUGCACUGGAGAACAGUGCAGUUACUUUUGAGGAUGCCAUAAAGGCCAAACUUCACUGACCAGAAUGAGAACAUUCCCCAGGCAGAUGCCAAAGGAUUUGGCCAAGGGUAAUUUAUACUGAGUGCAACUCCCAAAGAAAGUUACAUGGGGAAAAAACCCAACUUUGUUAACCAUUUCAUUAAUGCUGGAUGUGUAUUUCAGAAGGUGCUUGGUUUUGUACUGGGGCCAGGUAAUGCCUGAAUAAAGGUGCCAAAAA